ACCUGAGUGCUGUUGACUGUACCUAUUUUAUUUUUAUACAAAUAUGAAAUCGCUUAAGGGAGCGUCUGAAACAUUUUUUGCAUUCUUAUAAAAGAUCAUAGAAAUUAAAGAGUGAUACCUUUUUUAUUUUUUCAGAUACAAAAUGAGGAUUCGCCGAUUCUGGAAGAUCAUUGAAAACGAGUUAAAGCCACAUGAACUGGAAAAUUGUAACGUUGUUAUUGACGGGCAAAACUUUUUAUAUAAUUUGUACGAAAAGGCGAGAUUCCCCUAUGAAUUCGGAUGUGAAAGCGAUAAAUACGCAGAUUAUUUACGAAAAACCCUGGGUAUUUUCAAAAAAGCAAACAUAAAGUGUUAUUUUCUAUUUAAAGGGGGUCGUGGUAACAAUGAACGCAGAAAAGAUAAAGUUGAUAAUCCUCAAACCACCCAAAAUACCACCACCAAAGUAUUUACAUUACCAAUAUUCGCGAAGGAGAUAUACAAACAAGUGCUUGACGAAAUGGAUUUCGAUUAUGUUGUUUGUGAAUUUGAAUGUAAAAAACAAUGUAUCGCUCUGGCCCAAAAACUUCAAUGCCCAUUGAUUAGUUUUGACAUAGAAUUUUGUUUUUCGGGAGUACCUUACAUACCCAUUAACCAUAACGAUAAACUUUUGCGCUACGAUGACAAUACGAAUUCAGUUCGCUGUGAAAUAUUUAAUUAUGUUGAUUUUAUAAAAAAAUAUCAUUUAAACAAAGUAAAACUCGCGACUUUCAUCGUUUUAACAGAUGAGUCAAUCUUUCCAGAAGAUCACUAUAAGAAAAUAUUUGAUGCAAUAAAUAUCAAAGGUAAUCCACACAAACGUACGGAAUAUUUAUUGCAUUGGCUAAAAAAGAGAACAAAUGAAGACAUCAAAGAGAUUCUGCAUAAAUACUUGCAUUCAGAUGAAAUUGAUAAAUUUGAGGGUGAGAAAAAUAAUAUUAUUGAAUUUAUCUGCAAAAAAGAACUACCUGCCGUACCUGUUGACUAUUUAAUGAACGGUAAACAUAUUGAAUUCGUUGAGAACGAUCCAUUGUGGUUCGAAAAAGGUGUAGCAUCUGGCUACAUUGCUUUACAGUAUGUCAACAUUUAUCACUGGAAUAUUAUGGAUGGAUCUUGGUGUCUUGAAGACCCAGAGGCAGAAGACGCUAUGUUCCUUGCUCUGAAUAUUAUCAAAUAUGCAUUCAACCUUCUGACAAACUUCAGUAAAAAAGAAUUCCAGUUUCGUAAUAACAAACAGAAAAUAAUAAUCAUUAAUACUGCCGAUGAGAACUCAAUCCCGAAACCAUCGUAUAAAGCUAUUCAGAGUCCGUUCGAAAACGGAUGGGGCCAAAUAAAAGCUUUGGGAUUAUUUGAACAUUUCCUUGAAAAUUCAAUGCCAACUGCUGACUUUAGUGUUCUGAAUGCUGUGCCUGAGGACGCCAGACUUUUAAUUAUAGCUUUAGUCUAUUUUUCACAACAGAAAUCUGUUGAUACGACCGUUGAUGUAUGCGGUGUGCUUUUAUCAUAUGUGAUUUUGAGUAUUGUCGCCGAAAAAUCUACCAGCAGCAAUAACAUCAACCACGAAUUAGUUCCAAGGCCGUAUAUGGACCAUUUUACUGAUGAGAACCUCGUCACAGAAAUGGACAGUGAUAUAGCGAAAGACGCAAUGAAUAAAUAUUUCUAUACAGAUUCAACUCCGGAAAAACUGGCAACAAUAUUCGAUGAAAAGAUGAUUCACCCGUUAAUUGAAUUUCAACAUUGCCUUCAAUGUUUAAAUUUCUUGAACAAGCUAUGUGGGUCUCCAUACAAGGAUACAAUUUAUAGUCGCACAUACAACGGUACGUUUGUUUACCAAGUUGCACAUACAAUUCAUCACAAAUAUUCUAGCAAAGCUAAGGACUUCGUGGAGAAAGAGUUGUCUCCUGCCGCAACAGUUUUGGCAUUUUUCAACGGUCUCAAAGAUGUUUAUGAUACUAUUAUGUACUGAUGUACAUAAUAGUAGCAAAGCUAAGGUCUUCGUGGAAAAAGCGUUGUCUCAUGCUGCAACAGUUUAGUUUUUCAACGGUCUCAAAGAUUGUAUGAU